AUGAGGACCCUCACUCUCCCCGCUGCCCUUCUCCUCCUGGCCUUCCAGGCCCAGGCUCAGACCAAGCAUAGAAUGGAUGAACAGGACCAGGACCAUUACCAGGCUAAGGCCAAGGGCCAAGGCCAGUCUGGGACUGAGGACCAGGGUGUGGUCAUCAGGUUCCUAGUAGAGGACCGCCGCAAUAAAGAGGCUGCAGGCUAUUUCAGAAAACAGACUUGCACAUGCCGACAAGGACAGUCCUGCCGGGUGCAGGAGACACAGUAUGGGAGCUGCAAGGUGUAUGGCAAUAAAUCCAAGCUUUGCUGUCCCUGA